AUGGCUGCAAAUCACGCUUUAAUCUUUGGUGCCAGCGGCAUCACCGGUUGGGCAAUCACCAACCUCCUCAUUCAGGGUUACCCGUCACCAGAGACGUUUCAAUCUAUCACAGCCCUCACCAAUCGACCUCUGAGUGCCGAGACGGCACAAUGGCCACAAUCCAACAAAAUAGAUGUCGUCAGCGGCAUUGACAUCUUGACCCCAAAGGGACAGAGCGGCUUGGAGGAGGAGCUCCAGUCCAAAAUCAAGAAUAUAUCCAAAAUAACCCAUGUCUAUUUCUUCGCUUACAUCAUGGAUGCCGACCCUCAGAAGGAAGUGUCCAUCAAUAGAGAGCUGCUUUCACGGGCUGUCAAGGCUGUUGAGAAACUGUCCCCCUCUCUCAAGUUUGUCGUUCUUCCCACCGGCACAAAGGCAUAUGGGGUGCACCUGUUGGACAAAUUCCCAUUCAGCGGCAAGCUUCCCCUCGCAGAAUCGCUCCCUCGUAUCCCAGAACCUUAUGCCUCUCAGAUGUUCUACUACGGGCAAUGCGACGAGCUUGCAGAAUUAUCAAAGGGCAAAGCCUGGACCUGGUGUGACGUGAUCCCGGAUAUGAUCGUCGGCUUUGUUCCGAACUCAAACAUCUACUCACUCGCGCAGUGGCUGGGUCUUUAUCUCUCUCUUCAUGCAGAGAUUCAUGGCAAGGGGAGCGAGGUUCAGUUUCCCGGGACGGAAAAGUCGUACAAGAUCCGAUGCAACGACAGCUCUCAGGACAUCGUCGCCAAGACAGCCAUCCAUGCGUCUCUGCAUCCCGAGAAGUCCGGAGGCAAGCGAUUUAAUGCCGCUGAUAACUCCCAGCCUGCUACCUGGGAGAUCAAGUGGCCCAUUAUCUGCGACUACUUUGGUCUCAAGGGCGUUGGGCCCCCUGCCGACGGCCAUGGGCCUGAUCCUGCCGAGUUUCUAGCAAACCACAUUGACGAGUGGAAGAAGGUUGAGCAGAAGUACGGUCUUGCCACUGGGCGGGUUGGGAAUGACCGUAGCUACGCAGGUUUCCCUAUUUUCAUCAUGCGGAUGUUUGAUUUUGACAGGCAUCUCGAUAUGACGCUGGUUCAUGAUCUGAUGGGAGAUGCCAAGGAGGAAAUUGACACCAAGACAGCAUGGUACACUGCAUUUGAUCGCUACCGCAAAGCCAAGAUUAUUCCAUAG